CCCUGUGCAGCGGCUGCUGCUGCUGCUGCCCGCUGUCCUGCCGUCCUGCCCGGCCCGGUGCUGCGGAGCGAGGCGGGGAGCGGCGGCCUCGCAGCGGCGGUCGGGCAGGCAAAGCAAGGCACGGCACGGCACGGCACGGCACGGCACGGCACGGCACGGCAAGACAAGGCAGCGUUGCCCGGCUCCGCCGCCCGCCCCCGGCCCCGCCGCCCGCCCAGCGCCGGCGGCCCCGGGAGAUGGUGACACAUGAAGCGCGCGGGGAGGACCAUGGUUGAGAGGACCAGCAAGUUCCUGCUGAUCGUGGCCGCGUCCGUGUGCUUCAUGCUCAUCCUGUACCAGUACGUGGGGCCGGGGCUCAGCCUGGGCGCGCCCAGCGGCCGCCCCUACGCCGAGGAGCCCGACCUGUUCCCCACGCCGGACCCGCACUACGUGAAGAAGUACUACUUCCCGGUGCGAGAGCUGGAGCGGGAGCUCGCCUUCGACAUGAAGGGCGAGGACGUGAUCGUGUUCCUGCACAUCCAGAAGACGGGCGGCACCACCUUCGGCCGCCACCUGGUGCAGAACGUGCGCCUGGAGGUGCCCUGCGACUGCCGGCCCGGCCAGAAGAAGUGCACCUGCUACCGGCCCAACCGCCGCGAGACGUGGCUCUUCUCCCGCUUCUCCACCGGCUGGAGCUGCGGGCUGCACGCCGACUGGACCGAGCUCACCAACUGCGUGCCCGGCGUGCUGGGCCGCCGCGAGAGCGCGCCCAACCGGACGGCCAGAAAAUUUUACUACAUCACACUGCUGAGAGACCCCGUAUCUCGUUACCUCAGCGAGUGGCGGCACGUCCAGCGAGGAGCCACCUGGAAGACAUCCUUGCACAUGUGUGAUGGCAGGACGCCGACUCCUGAAGAGCUGCCAUCAUGCUAUGAGGGCACGGACUGGUCAGGCUGCACGCUGCAGGAGUUCAUGGAUUGCCCCUACAACUUCGCCAACAACCGCCAGGUGCGCAUGCUGGCCGACCUGAGCCUGGUGGGCUGCUACAACAUGUCGUUCAUCCCAGAGAACAAGCGAGCACAGAUCCUGCUGGAGAGCGCAAAAAAGAAUCUCAAAGACAUGGCCUUCUUCGGCCUGACAGAGUUCCAGAGGAAGACUCAGUACCUGUUUGAGAGAACUUUUAACCUGAAAUUCAUCCGGCCCUUUAUGCAGUACAACAGCACAAGGGCAGGAGGGGUGGAGGUGGACAAUGACACCAUCCGUAGGAUCGAGGAGCUCAAUGACCUGGACAUGCAGCUCUACGACUAUGCAAAGGACCUCUUCCAGCAGCGUUACCAGUACAAACGGCAGCUAGAGAGGAUGGAGCAGAGGAUAAAGAAUCGGGAAGAGAGGCUUCUUCACCGGUCCAAUGAAGCGCUUCCCAAGGAAGAGACCGAAGAGCAAGGACGCUUGCCCACUGAGGACUACAUGAGCCAUAUUAUAGAGAAGUGGUAGCCUAGGCAGACUUUUAUACGAAUGAAUGAUACUCUAGGGUUUCCAUUUAAAAGACCGUGGAAGUAAAAUGACAAAAAAACAGCAGAACAAUGUUUUAUUUAAAAGCAAGUCUGUAAAACAGAAGGUAGAUUGCUUCCUUAAGCGUAGGGUCUUUUUACUGUUUCUUACAAGACCGAUGAGAUUCUUAAAAAAUAAAGAAAUACGUAAAAAUAAUAAAAAAAAAAAGGGUCAACAUUGUAAUGCAGAGGUAAGAAAAAAAAUGCACAAAUGCAGUUGUCCCCUCUAAAGGCCAGAUGGAAAAGAAUGUUUCUUAUCCUCAUAAUUCAAACACAAAUGGCAGAAGCAAGAUUUUUUUUUUAAAUCUGUUUUUCCCUGAGCAUAACAAUAUCAGAAUGUACUUCAUUAAAAUAACCACAAGGAAACGGAGCUGUUCUUUCGAGGAUGUUUUUAGAGGUGGGAUGAGAAUUGCGUUGCUUGUGAGUAACUGAUAACGGUGACUGAGCUGAGGAUGCGCUGUGCUGGCAGGCUGUGAUCUGAGCACGAGGGCAGUUGCUUGGCUUCAGCUGGCAGCCCCUGCCAGAAAGUAGAGCACCGUGAGUAUGGAGGGAGAAGCAAAGCAUCGGAGGAUAAGAAACAUGAAAGCAAAUUGACUGUGGCCUAAGAUAUGUAUGUAGCACAGUGGUUUUGAUAGACUGCACUUGUAUCACACAUACUUUGCAACUUCACCUCAAAAUGGUUAGGGAACUUGUGCUCAGAGCUCCCGGAUUUGUUUUGCAGGCAGGUCCCAAACCAAUUUAAAAGCCAGCCAAAUUCUGCAUAGGCUCAAAGAUGCAGCCCCAUGUCACGGUGUCACCCUACACAACUGCCACUCAUUCCUUCAUCUGCAUAAUGAGCUAACAGCACGUGAAAACCCAUCCUACAUACUGAGACAGGGAGAACAAGUGGAAUAGCAAUACUCCCUUAUAAAUCUGCAGGACAGGUUCCUAGAAGGUCCCACAAGUAACUGGUUAUGGCAACAAGAUGAGGGGGGUGAUUUUGUUUUGCUCAUUGCUGUGCAAAGUUCUUAACUGCAACAGCCAUACCGACAUAUCCAUAUCUUAUUUUUAAAGUUAUUUUUGCUUGCCUUUAUCAAGAGAUAAUGGGCAUCAUCCUGCUUCCAGCAAAGUCACUAGGGCUGAUUUAAGUGGGAGCAGGAUGGGGCUCACUUCCAGAGCUGUAACAAUUUCUGACAGUGGGUCUGCAUUGAUGAUGAGGUAGUGCACGCUGUCUGUUGGCAGCGUGCCUCGCUGCAGCCCGCGCUUUAAAUGAACAAGCUGUGUUCCAAAAGCUGGAAAGGGGAAUCAUGGAUAAUGUUUUUUUAGUCUCAGACCACUUUCAAAGCAGAACUCUUUCUUUUAAUGCUGGUUUUUAGGGACUCAUGUAAGUUUAAUCCUCUGAUGUGGUGACAGUCCAGCCAGGUUCAGCUUACUGACUUUUCAGUCGCAGAACAACAAUGACCUCCCUAAUUCCUCUUCCCACUCAACAAACUGAAGUAUGGCUUAUUUUCUUGCUGUUGUAAGCACUUCUUUGUUUGUCUGGAAGCAUGGAGCCAUGAUGCCAUUUCUGCCUGCUUCAUCCCUCAUCCCGUUAUUACUCAGCUGGUAAGACCCGAACCAGCUAUUGUCUGGGGUAAAAUAGGAAUCAGAUGGAACAGGAUUUGAUUUUCAAAGGCCAUGGUAACUGCAGAUCGAUUAUGGCAUUCGAAUCGCAGAAGGAGAGGCAGAGACCUGAUACAUUCAGCAUGUCAUUUUUGCACCCCACCCCAUCACACGAAUCCACACAGCUGCUGGUCAUUUUAUACUUCGCUUCCCUCUCUGCCCCACACACAAAGCACACUGUUUCCAGCCAUUUCAGGUUCACACUGAGUUUUGCAAAGGAAGUGUACACCUUGCUGCUGGAGACGUUCUUCUCCAGAAGAGGGAAGGUGACUAACAAGUUGAGAAAGGGGCCUACAAGCAGCACACCCUGCUGCAGACCUGGCCCAAAGUCCACUGACAUCGAAGGACAUAUUGCCCAUUGAUUUCAAAUAGAUGCUGGUCAGGUCUGCAUCCUGGUGCUGCAGAGUGCUCACACGCUCAUCUUACAGGCUGGUACCCUGCUUGCUGGUGGAGUCACUUUAUUUAAGGUUUUAGCACAAAAUGGUGCCACUUUCUGGAGAUGUGCAUGCCUGGCCAUAAGCACGUGCUCCUGGCUGAAAUGCGAGAGGCAAAAUAAAGCAGUGUUCCGUUGUUGGCUUGGAGGCAGAAAGUAUUACAAAUCCAUUUGCUCAUCUCUGACUUCCAAGACUGGGAGGAGCUGUGUUUGUUAGUUCCCAGCACUUUUAUGCUUUGCUGUAACUAAGGAAAACAUUUAUAUUUUACAAAUGCCAUUUUACAGGCCGUUUACCCACAAAGCCGAUAUGCUGGAUAUAAAAAGCAACCGUUUCAUAUGCAGGGUUUGCAGCUCUGCCAGGAGGCUUUUCACUAUGAUCUGCCCUGUGUCAGGGAUCCAUCAUGCACAAACGGGUACUGCAGCAAAGCCACGCGGCCCCAGUGCUGCCAGCGCUCCCGUUGUUCUGCACUCAUAGCCAAACUCUGCUCUCGUCUGCCAAAAGGUGAUGGUGAGUGGGGCUCCAGGUGAUCGGGACCAGUGCUGUAACUGGGCUCAUUUUGCCUGAGUUGUUCCUGUGUUAUGGGCUCUGAGUAACCAGCUGGAUUUUAAUGGCUCUAUCCGCAGCAUUCUGUAAAUCAGAGGCAGCCUCUGACCCAGGAGCAUGUUGGUAGAGCUUGUUGCAGUGUUUGCUUUGUUGUAUAUUACAGUAACAAGCAAAAGGAAUGAAACUACGGAGUCUCAUUAACGGUUUCACUUCAACCCACAAAAGGAGGGCCGACCUCAGCUUAGCACUGAGGCAGGAGUUUGCUGGUUCCAGUCCUUCACCUGGCCAUUCCUCCACUUCUCCACCCCAUACACUGGGAUUAGAACAUUUCCCCAUUGCAAAGAGGCAUCCCAAAGUAGCAGACAUAUAGCACACUGUGAAACAGAUGUUAAGGCUGAGGAUCAGAAAUAGAGGGAAUGACCCAAAAGCCAUCCCCCGCCCCAGCUGCCAUGCCAGUCUGUUCAAGGCUGUCUGCCACACUUGGCUUUAUUUGAGUGCUGUGUGCCAGAGCAUAGGCUGCAGGGUGCACCUGGCCCUGUUUUCUUCCUUUCAUGGGUUUAAGGGGAACUUUAUUUUAACAUAAUGUGAAUGUAGCUCUUGGGAUUUCUGUGUACUACAGUUCGAAGUGGUACAAUUAUCCAUUGGCUCAUCCAGCCAGCAGUAUUUGUGUGAGGGAGCAUUUUAUACAGUUACCUGCUACCAGGCAGAGAUGGGGGGUCUCAGCUCUGCUGCCUUACAAUGCCCUGCAAACAAGAGUGAGGACACAGGCUGUCCCAGCAGCAGGCAGUGAGUGGCACAGCAGCAGGUUUUGUGUCUGCAUGGGCCAAGCUGCCUGCUUGUGUUGUCCAUCCACCGUGAUUAGCACAGUCCUGAUAAGCACCUGGGUAUGAGGCCUGUGUUGUCCCAGCUGCAGGUGAUGGAUUUCUCUCGUUUUGAGCCAUGCAAGCUGGAAAACAAGCACGAUUUGCAAAUGAGUCUCUCAUCCCUCCAAGCCCCACAGCUCCUCCUAACUUAUUUUCCUUACUGAGCACCAUUAGUUUUGUACAUACCAAAAUAUGAGUUCACUUAUUGCCCCCUUCCAUCUUGUUUUUUUUCUUAAGGAAAAGACAGAAACCCCCACGUUCUUUCAAUUCAGAAUCCCUCUGUGUUUGUGCACAGUCUUCCAGGUUAAACCUGCAACAGCCACCAGCCUUUCCAUGGGUCCCUCCUGCUGUCUGAUUCUUCAUACUUGUGGUUUUGUCACAGGCUUUCCAUGCAUCGUCUCCUCUUUCCCUUGCGCUUUGUGACCUGCACAGGGAAGGGAAAGGCAACACAGGUGCUCUUCCUUUCCCCCCUUCCCCUCUUUGUUAUGUGCUUUACAUCUCAAGGAACUCAGUUUUUAUCCUUUGGGAAUCGUGUGACUGAGGGUAAAACAAGAAGAGCAAAGUGCCCCUGCCCACCUCCCUCCAUCAGACAGAUCUGGGUGCUCUGCAGUGCUCAUGCUGCAGCCAUCCAUCCCAUUGCUCUCAGCCUCUGUGUUUGUUCUUUGUGAUCUUUUUCUCCUCAAUCGGGAGCUUAGAACUAAAGUGAAAGGCAGCAGUUCAACUCGAGCCAUGUCACACCUAAAGCUUUAUCUAUUUAUUUAAACUGUCUUACAAAACAAACAAACAAAAAAAAAAAAGGUGUUAAAAGUUUGGUUUUCCCUUUUCUUCCACAAAAUUGGAUUCUAAAAAAGUAGCCAUCUGAUUGGUGUUUGGUUUUGUUGGUUUUUUUUUUUGUCUAGAUGAAGAAUGAAUGUUAGCAGAUGAAAUAAACCCUAAAUCCAA